UCUCCCCACAAUCAUUUGCACCACCCCUUGGCCCUUGCCCUCCCUCUCCUCCAUCUCUCUCUCUCUCUCUCUCUAAUGACUAUUUAACAUGCAGCCUUUUGUUUUGCAGCUACCUGCCUGCAUAUAAUUCUGUUGCCUGCAUAUAAUUCUGUUGCCUGCCUUCUCUCUCCUUUAGCUUGGCUCCCUCCCCAUCGCCAUCAUCAUCACCUCCAUCUCCUCACCAUCACGCCUGCCUCCUCCUCCAUCCUCUUCUUCCUCCUCUCCUUUACACCGCUACAAAAGAGCUAGCAUGAGCACACUGCUUGCGAGCUAGCUGCUGUUCAUCGCAAUUCAUCGCACGACCCUGAGCUUGACCUAGGUAGGCUGUUGUUCUUGGCGAGAGCUAGCUAGCUCUGUGCAGGCGCCUCGAUCUCACUGCUAGUGCUAGCUAGAUUUCAUCCGAUGGGCGUCGAGCUCGACCUCUCUGAAUUGGCCGUGCUCCGGCCGAUCCAGACCGCAGCGAGCAGCGGGGGCGCCGCAACGCCUCGGCGGGGAAACGACGGCCCGGACGCCGCAGACACCGGCUGCGUCACGCCGACGGCCAUGGGCUCCUUGUUGCCGCGGCCAGGAGCCUUCGGCGUCGGCGUCGCCCUCGACGUCGUCGAGGCCGUCUUCAGCACGCCGACAUCGUCCCCGUGCCUGCUGCGGCCGGCCACGGUGUGCCCUCCGGCGCCGCGGAAGCCGGCGAGGGCGCCGGCCGCCGCCGCCAAGCGGAAGCGCUGCUGCGACCUCCCGGGGCUGUCCUUCUUCCCCGUGCCGCAGGACCUCUCCACGGUGUUCGUGCCGCGCGGCCCCGCCGCGGACAGGUCGCCGCCGCCGCCCCGGGGUGCCAAGAAGAUCCGCCGCCUGUUCGUCGUGGGGUGAAGCGGCGGCCGGCGACGUCGCUCGCCGGAGAGAUUGCUAUCCUCAUCCAGUGCUGAUCGAUCCACUCGCCGCACGUGCGCGCGGCUUGCCGAGCUCGGUUGCGGCGGCGCGCCAUUGGACAUCUGCUGCGACUGCGAGCGGGAUCGAAGGACAAUUUCUUGGGCUUCUUGAAAGCACAGAAGAGUAGAAGACACCAUGGCCAUGCGCCUAUGUUUCGUCAGAGCUUACUGAUCGAGUGUGUGUGCAGUGCGCUGCUUCUCAGAUCGGUCGAGUCUGAAUAAUCGAAUUGUAAAUACUAGCUACACUGUUGUCUGCGCAUGGUUGUCUUGGCGCGCAACGCGGGUAUAAAGGCCACAAUCUCUGGGAAUUCACUCGCUUCUGUUUGCAAAAGGAUACAAAAUCCACCCCCCCUGCCCUUUCCAGAAUCAAUGUUUCUGUGCCAAACGCUGUAAAAAAAAAAUCUCCGAUGUAGUAUGAUCUUGAUUGUUCUGA